AUGAUAUCUCUCCACGUGGACCCUUGUAGAACCAGUAAGGGAUUUGGCAGUGCUUCAGUGGACCCCCAGCGAACAGCUAAAGGAGGUAGGUCGAAGUUGACAACGAUAUAUAAAGGGAUGGAAGAGCAGAGUAAGGAUUCAUAUUUAGCUUUGGCAGCCGCUUGA